AUGAUAGAAAAAAAGUCUGUAGGCAAGAAAUAUGAAUAUUAUCUUAAUGAUAAACUAGGAACAGGAAGCUUUGCAGAAGUUGUUAAAGGUAAAAACAAAAAAACAGAUGAAGUAGUUGCUAUUAAAAUAAUUAAAAGAUCUGUUUUAGCUAAAUAUGGGUACUGUUUUAUUAUUUAUAUUUUUAGAGAUGAGAUUAUGAAUCAAAUUUAAUUAGAAGUUAAAAUUCUUUAAUAAUUAGCAAGUUUAUCAUAAUAAUCUAUGUGUCCUUUUAUUAAUCGUAUAUAUGAAUUCCUUGAAACUGCUAAUAAUUUUUAUAUAGUUUUAGAAUACUGUAAUUAAGGGACCUUAUAUGAUUAAAUAAAGAAAGUCAAAAAAAUUGAAGAAAAAGAAGCAAUUUUCAUUUUAUUUCAAUUAUUAUAAGCUCUUUCAUUAAUUUCCAAUAACAAUAUUGCUCAUAGAGAUAUCAAACCAGAAAAUAUUUUUAUUAAAGAUGGAGUGUAUAAAUUAGGAGAUUUUGGAUUUGCUAGUUAAAAAUCUUUAUAUUAAACUCAUCUUGGCACAUUUCCAUAUAUGGCACCAGAGUUUUUUAAUAGUGAUAACUAUAAUACAAAAGUUGAUGUUUGGGCUUUAGGUUUGUUAACUCAUGAGAUAUUAUUUGGAGAAAUUUAUUAUAUUGGUAGAAGUUAAUUUGAAGUUUAAUAAAAAAUAUUAACUAAACCAUAUCUUUUAAAUGAUCGUAAGUAUAAAAUAUCUGAACAAUUUAAAAAUUUAUUAUAUAAAAUGAUCAAUAAAGAUUAAAAAACUGUAUAUAUCAUAUCUAUUAAUAGAGAAUUUCUGCUUAAGAAGCUCUGAUGGAUCCUAUUUUUGAUUUUUGUAAAAAUGAUCCCAGAUAUCUUGAUAUCAUGAAAGCAGAAAAAUUGAAUUAGCAUUUUGAAGAAAAUAGUGAAUAAGUCGAAUAAAUUAGUUUAUUAGAAGAUGAGGACAAACUCAAAAAAGAAUUAGAAUAACAAAAAAAAAAAGAAUAAAAAGAAUAACAAGAAUUGUAAGAAUAUUAAAAACUACAAUAAGAAAAGAUAAUUUCAGAAAAGAAUCAAUUUAUACAAAAUGGAAUAAAAGGUAUUAAAGAAGGAAUCUUAGAUAAAAUUGCAGGAAUAACACUUAUGGUUUAAUUAGCAGAUUAUUUAAAUGAAAAUAUCUAAUAAUUAUGUAGAUUUGAAAUUCUUUACAUUUUAAAAUAAGCUGCUAUUCUAAUAUAAUAAUUAAAAGAUCGAUUGGAACAAUAGGCUAUAUUAGGGAAACAUGAUCAUGUAAAAAUUCAAUUUGAUUGUGAAAUAUGGAUGCAUUUCUAUGAAGAUAGAAAGUAUUAAAAUAUUUCAAAAAUAGUCUCUUAUAAUUUAUUGAUGAAAUUGAAGAAGUCAAAAAUCAAAUUAAAAAAAAAUAUAUUGAUUAUGUCAAUAUAAUCAAUUAUUUUUCCUUAAUCAAUUUUCCAACUGAACAUCACAAAAUUGAAUCAAUUGCUAAUUUAAAUUUGACCAAACCUAUAGAUCUUUAAUUAUAUUAAGAAUAAUUAUUCUUGAAAAUGUAAUUUUUGAAAUAGGAUUCCUUAAAAACUGAAAAUUAAUUUAUUAAACAAUAAAUAGAUAAAUGCAUUUUAUGGAUGUAUGCAGCUUACGAAUUUUAGAAACUUUGUUCUGGGGAAUUGUUUGAUAUUAAAAGAUUUAUAUAAGCAAUAAUAAAUGAUGAUGUUGAGGAAAUGAAAUGUUUAACUUUAAAAUGA